AAAGUUUACUUCCUCAUGGAGUCUUUGUUAUUUUUUCUUAUGACAGGCAUUGUGACCAGCAAUGGGGAGACCUGGAGGCAACUGCGAAGAUUCGCCCUCACCACCCUGCGUGAUUUUGGAAUGGGGAAGAAGGGCAUUGAGGAGCGAAUCCAGGAGGAAGCUCGUUUUCUGGUGGAGAGGAUCAGGAACACACAUGAGAAACCUUUCAACCCUGGUAAGUUCUUAAUCCAUGCUGUUUCCAACAUCAUCUGCUCCAUUGUAUUUGGGGAUCGGUUUGACUAUGAGGACACGAAAUUUCUGGAUUUAAUUGAGAUGCUGGAAGAAAACAACAAGUACCAGAGCAAAAUACAAACACAGCUCUACAAUUUCUUCCCAACCAUCUUAGAUUCUUUACCUGGACCUCAUAAAAAACUAAUAAAAAACAUUGAGAAAGUUGAUGACUUCAUUUCUGAAAUUGUAAGAGCACACCAGGAAUCUUUUGAUCCCAGCUGUCCUCGAGAUUUUAUUGAUGCUUUUAUCAACAAAAUGCAACAGGUAAUGAAAUACCCAGAGAUUGAAGAGAAAAUUCACAAGGAGAUUGACCGUGUGGUUGGCCGAGACCGAAGCCCCUGCAUGGCAGACAGGAGCCAGUUGCCAUACACAGAUGCUGUGAUCCAUGAAAUCCAGAGAUUCAUUGAUUUCCUUCCCCUUAACGUUCCACAUGCUGUGACCAAAGACACCAAGCUCAGAGACUAUUUCAUACCCAAGGACACCAUGAUAUUCCCUUUGCUGUCUCCCAUCCUGCAAGACUCCAAGGAAUUCCCUGAUCCAGAAAAGUUUGACCCAGGACAUUUCCUGAAUGCAAAUGGUACCUUCAGAAAGAGUGACUACUUCAUGCCAUUUUCUGCAGGAAAACGCAUCUGUGCAGGAGAAGGUCUGGCCCGGAUGGAGAUAUUCUUAUUUUUAACAUCCAUCCUGCAGAACUUUACUCUGAGGCCUGUUGUAGAUCGCAAGGAUGUUGACAUUUCUCCCAUAGUCACCUCUCUGGCAAAUAUGCCCCGACCUUAUGAGAUCUCAUUUAUUCCACGUUAGACAAGUGAAGACAGCCGGCACCUCUCAAAUUGGAAUGACAGUCUUCUUGAAUGACUGUCACUGCCCACCUUGAUGUGACUGGGACUCUCUGAUAAUUUGCUAAAUUCUUUACAGACAGAAGAUUUAUGCUUUUCUAUGUGACCCUAGAAGGACAUGCUCCAGCAGAAAACAAUUCUCCACAAAGCUUAGACUCCCACACACUGUCCAAAAUAGGAACAUAUCUUGACUAUUACUUUUCACUCAUUUAUAAGAAAUCCAUUACGGCUUUUAGACACGAUCUAGAAAGCCUCCGGUCUCACUAACAACAUAGGAAAUGGCUGGACUGUACUUACUGGACCUAUCAGAAUUAAAAGUGCAAUUAAGCACUGCUCAUUGAGAGUAUAGAGUGAAAUAAUGCUGGGAUCUCCAUGAUGCCUUUUAGAAGGUGAAUGUCAGCUUGAAUCUUCCCAUUACCUUUUUUGAAAUAUGUAAAAAAGAAAGAAAGAAGAAAAGAAAUACGCUGAAGAAAUUUUACAAGCUCCAGAUAAAGGGUUUCUAUGAGCUAACAAAGACAAAUGUACUGAUGUAGGACUGGCAUUUCCCAGACUGUUCACGUUCUCUGCAGUGUAUAGCUUACUGUAAUUGCAGUGACAGAGCUGAAUCUGUGCUAUGUGGAAUAAUACAGCACUUGAAAUGUCACCACAGUGGCAUUAAUUAAUGUUUAGGUAAGCAGCCAAACGUUCAUUUCUUUUGCUGUGUUUAUAGUCUUGAAAUACCAUGAGUUGUUUGGUGUUACAAAAAGUUCAAAGCAAAAAAUAUCACAGAGUGAUACAAAUGAUACAAAUGAAAGAAAA